GUCUGCAAGGGGAAUGGAAGGGACGGAAAAAAUGAGUUGAAUGUGAUUGGCAGCGGAGAGAUUGGCGGAUCUCGGUCAUUUAGGGUAAUGCUCUAAACUAUCUUCUCCUCUUCUACUUCCUCCUGAAUCCUGGUUCUUCCGUAUUUUGGUUUGCCUGGGACAGUUGUUUUCAGCAUCGAGAGAAACUCCGGUUUUUCGCUGAAAUCCACCCGCCCACCCCCGGUCCCUCCCACGACAGGGACCCAUGGGAUCCUUAAAAAGAUCCAUGAGUUUUGUUUUCCUUGCACUUCGUAAUGCGAUACUCUCUGAGAAAAAGUCCGACGACAAACACGACAGAUAAAGAAGAACGGAAUUGGGGCAGAUACUAGAUAGUGAAGAAACAAUGGGUAGCCUUGAUGGGGACAUUGAUGCCAGGUACUCGCUAGUUAUGUAUUUCCCUAAAUGCCGUGCAAUCACUUCGACUCUUGGCUUCCUAUCCUUCUUAUUCUUUUGAAAUCCCGCAAGCACUUUUUUUCAAGUUACUGUGCUAUCAAUCAUGUUCGGGAGACAGUGCUUUGCAAAGGAAACUCACUCAGUUGGGAAAAACAAAGUGAAAUCGCUGAGAGCCGAUGUUCUCGAGGUUAUCGGAAAAGAGAAUCACGAUUUAUUUGACUUGAUCGUCGGCAAAAAAGACGCUGUCACAGAAAGCAAGUACCAAUGCGGCCUUGGUGCGUCCGCAUUUGUUUACUCAGUCAACGAAGCUCCUUGUUUUAUUUCUGUAGAUCGCUUCUCGAAAGAUGAGCAGGGAUGCAUUGCGCAGGACAGAUGCCCCGGUUACUCUGUCAUACCUACUGUAUUUUUCUUUCUUCGACUGCGCCAACUGCUGGCGGAAAAGAAAGAACGAUGGUCGCACCUUGUUGGGGAAGUAGGUGUUGCUGUCACGUGCUUUGGGCCGACGUCACGGUUUUUACUGAGUGGCGCUCAUUUGAUGAUGCCCGGCAUUGUCAAAGUACACGCGAAGUUGCCUCUUGCCGCAGGACAGGUUGCGCUCGUCUUCACGGAUGGGGUUGAUGCUCCCUACGCGGUGGGCUUCGUAACCAGUAACCUCGUUUCACAAAACGUUUCAGGUGUGGGCGUUUACAUUAUUCAGUGUUUGCGGGACAAAUUGUGGGCGGAGUACGAAAGUCGUCCGUUGUCCAAGCACAGCCUUUCCUCCAACGCACUUCUGGUCCCAGUUGAAUUCGGCGAAAAAGAAGUUGUCGGAGAAUCAACGGAUGCUCCGCAAGCUGAGGCGACUGUCGAAGUUCGGGGUGAUAAUGACACUGCAGCCGACAGCAGUACUAAUCCCACGAACGUUAAAGGGGUUUUUGGAGAACCUGCACUUUUUGAGGAGGAAGACUCUGUGCUGACGUUUUGCUUGUGCGAAGCGGUGAAGCAAUUGUCGCCUUCUAUGCUGCCGUUGCCGCUACAGCAGUUUACAAAUUUCGUUGUGCAGUCGUUUCCGCGCGACGGCGUACACGCUGCACAUAUUCAAUUCAAAGAUACAAAGUACAAACACGCCCUUCCAUUCUUUCAAAAAUUUCCCGAGCUGUUGACAAUUGCAGAGGUGACUCCGGGAGUUCACUCCGUUUUAUCGGUCAACAAAUCUGCUCCUGUUAUGCGCGAGCACGUGGCGAAGUACAAAACGUUUCUUGAAACAGACCAUCGCGAAGCCCGUGAGAAAGAGGAACACGAUUUACUGGCAAAACAGCUUGAAAGCGGCACAGCAGUUUUGCGACAAAGUGUUGUAUCCGCAGGGGUGUUUUACACUGCGUCGCGCGAUCUCGAUGAGGAUUUGAUUCGCGUAUUGUUACUUGGAGAUGAAUUGAACAUUCCGGAAGACGUGCGCUUCCAAACGCUCGAGCAAGUGAUGGCUGACAGGGUCCCAAAGUAUGAGCCAACUCCAAUCGAUGCGAGCGUUUUCGACGAGCUGUAUACGCGCAAAGUGCUGGUCGACAAUUUGAAAAAGUAUAUUCGAGCACACGCGCUGCUUGUUGUAAACGCCGCACAGAAAAACAGCUUACCAAAAGUAAAAAUCGAUGGCGUAUUGUCGAAAAUGUUUUCCUCGCAUGCAUACGCUCCUGAGCUUUCCUUAAACCGUGUCGAAAAUGAAAUGCUGAAUUUAUUCAGGAUCAAGCAUGAAAUUAUCGUGCGGACUGCCGUGGAGGGCUCCUCCCCAGCCAGCGACUGUUCGAUUUCGAAGCGGGUUCUCAGACCUGGCAGUCUCCCCACAAUUCAUUUGUGGUCGCAGAAGGUGAAAGGCAAUUUUUUUGUUACUAUCGUACGGAAUCUCGAGUCGUUUGGGUUUGACUUGAAUUUUCUUUCGCAGCGGUGGAAAAAACAAUUUGCGUCGAGCUGUAGCGUCGUGGACCCAGCGACUAGGAUGGAAAAACUCAAAUCAGGCACUAAGAUUGCUCUAGAAAUUCACUUACAGGGUGAGUUGACUAAAAAGGUGAAGGAUGCUCUCCUGAGUGAAGCGAACUUACCGCCGUCGGUUCUUGUGGAAAGGAAGAUAUAA